AUGGCCCAACCGCUUUCCUCAUCGGUACAGCCUACCGAAAUCUACGGCGGAGAUGAGGUUUCCGCACUCGUUCUCGACCCUGGAUACUGCUCUACCCGGGCGGGCUUCGCUGGUGAAGAUGUACCCAAGAGUAUCUUGCCUUCAUUUUACGGGCACGUAACAGGCGACAACUCCCGCGACCUCUUCGGCGAUGAGUGCCUCAUCCCUCGUGAGAACUUCGAGGUCCGCAACUACAUGAACAAGGACAGCGUCGUGGAAGAUUGGGAUGUCGCCGCUAAGAUCUGGGAGAACAUGCUUGUGAAGCGACUCCAGCCCGAACGACAAACACCUCCCACAAAGAACGGCCUCAACGACGACCCUAGGCCAGAAGGUCAAGAUGGAGAGGGUGAUAUCAAUAUGGACGAUGCCGAAGCCGAGUCAAUGGAGAAGCCCCUGGGUGAGAACCCUCUCCUGGUUACCGAGGCACCUUGGAACAGCCCCAAGGCUCGUGAGAAGGCCAUCGAAAUCAUUAUGGAGAACUGGGGCUGCCCUGCCUUCUGGCUAAGUCGCACCCCAGUGUUGGCAGCCUUUGCGGCCGGCAAGGCCACUUCACUCGUUAUCGAUGUCGGCGGUGCCAACACCUCAGUUACCGCUAUCCACGACGGCAUGGUGCUGAAGCGCUCUAUCCAGAAGUCUCCCGCCGGUGGCAUCUGGCUCUCUUCUCAGAUUCGAUCUCUUUUCGAGUCAUCAGAGCCCAAGGUCGAAUUGACACCCACAUUCAUGAUCGAAAACAAGACGCCAGUUGAUGCCUUAUCGCCUCCUUCGGUCCGCCUACGAAACUUCCCUUACUCUAUCACCGACUCUUUCCGUGCCUACGAAGAGGAGCGUGUGUUGACGGAAUUUAAGGAGUCGGUAGUGGAGGUCUGGCGUGGUCCUGGUCGCUAUAGCUCACCUGGCAACGAGGAGUACGUCAAGACACAACCAGGCCGAGUAUUCGAGAUGCCUGAUGGUUACAACCAAAUGUGGCGCGAACAGCGAUUCCGGGUCACGGAGGGCAUGUGGGAUGAGAAUGCCGGAUACCCUAUCCCCGAGGCUGACCGUCUUAACAAAACGCAAACCAUCCCCGAGCUCAUCCGUGCCGCCCUGAACGCUGUCGAUGUCGAUCUUAGGGGCAACCUGCUUGCCAACGUUGUUGUAACCGGCAGCACCAGCUUGAUCAAUGGGUUCAAUGACCGCUUGAAUAACGAGCUCAUGGCCAUGUACCCAGGUCUCAAGAUCAAGAUCCACGCCGCAGGUCUUACCAGCGAACGACGAUUCGGCGCCUGGAUUGGUGGUAGCAUCCUUGCCAGUUUGGGUACAUUCCACCAGAUGUGGAUCUCGCGUAAGGAGUAUGAGGAGAACGGUCCUAAUGUUGUUGAGAAGCGAUGCAAGUAA